AUGUUUACAAAGUGUAAACAACACGGUAUUUCUAUAAAAAAAGAAGACGUCAGGAUCCUCCUCUCUUUACUGGACCCCAUCGGUUCCCAAGCUCGCAAGCGCAGACGUCUCCGAAGGAGGCAAUAUUUUGCUCAGGGACCGAACUUUGUGUGGCACAUAGAUUCAUAUGACAAGCUGAAGCCAUAUGGGAUAUGUAUUAAUGGUUGCAUCGACGGGUUCUCACGCAACAUUAUUUGGCUGCGGGCCGCCUUCACUAACAGCAACCCUAAAGUUAUCGGGGGGUACUUUGUAGAAGCAGUGGAGCGCCGUGGGGGCUGCCCCAGGCUCGUACGAACUGACAUGGGCACUGAGAACGUGGUGGUUAGAGACAUUCAGCGGUAUUUACGGAGAAAUUACAUGGAUGACAGAGCAGCGGAGAGUAGCUACAUCACAGGAGCAAGUACUGCGAACCAGAGAAUUGAGAGCUGA